AAUGAGGAUCCUGGUGUGCGUGUACCUGUGCGGUCUGGCCCUGUCAGUCCUGGCUGAGGAGCAACAGGUGAAGGAGAAGCGAGGACUCUCUGGCUCUCUUGGUGGAUUUGGUGGCGGCUUCGGUGGUGGCUACGGAGGCGGCUACGGUGGUGGCUAUGGAGGCGGCUAUGGAGGCGGCUACGGAGGCGGCUACGCUGGUGGACUCGGAGGCGGACUUGGAGGCGGCAUUGGAGCUGGCAUCGGUGGUGGGGCCCCGCAGGUGACUGUCAACAGAGUCCCCGUCCCUGUCCCGGUGCCUGUGGAGAGGACCAUCCCAGUUCCGGUGAGGGUCCCAGUCACAGUGCCCGUGGAGCGGCCUGUUCCCGUCCACGUACCACAGCCGUACCCUGUCCCUGUAGACAACCCUGUGCCCGUCCCCGUCAAGGUCCCCACCCCAGUGUCCGUCCCAGUACCUCAGCCCUACGUCGUUAAGCGUCCAGUGCCCUAUGUCGUCAGCGCCGGCCACGGCGGACUCGGCGGAGGUCUCGGCGGAGGUCUCGGAGGAGGUCUCGGAGGAGGCCUCGGAGGAGGCUUCGGAGGAAAGUUCGGUGGAGGCUACAGCGGCGGCUUCGGUGGUGGAUACGGCGGUGGCUUUGGAGGCCUCGGUGGCUACGGGAAAUAUGGCCACUAGAAAUCCACCUCAGUUAUAAUAUCUUGACCUGUACAUGCCAUCAGAUUCGUAUUAUGUACACAAAAAAAUGCUGAAUAAAUACUGAUGCAUCACA